AUGCCAGAGCAGGCCCCCGCGGCGAGCUCGGGCUCAAUGAGACCAGACCAGGUUCCAAUCGGCACAAAAUCGACUCACUGUGCACCCAAGGUGAUGGUAGUCUCACCAAGAGAAUAUCGAGAGGACGUCGAGGUUCUCGACCUGCAAAGGAGUCGUACAAUCUCCUUAAGCCUCGGCCCCAGAUCCCCCCAGGAUAUCGUUCCGGUGGCACCAGCGGUUGAUAUUGACGCUGAACAAUACACACGGUUUACGCUGGCCCGCAAAGUUGUCAUCACCUGUAUCCUCGCAUUCUGUGCACUGUUGUCACCAGUAUCGUCGACAAUGAUCCUUUCGGCCAUCCCGGAAGUCGCUGCGGACUACAACACUUCGGGAGACAUGAUCAGCGUGUCCAACGCACUUUACCUGCUUUCGAUGGGCUUCUCCGCUUGCUUUUGGGGUCCCAUGUCUAGCGUAUUUGGACGUCGUUGGGUCAACGUUGCCUCUGCAGUGCAAUUUUGCGCGUUCAAUAUUGGCACUGCGCUCGCACCUAACCUCGGCGCCUAUUUUGUCUUCAGGAUCUUGACGUCGUUUCAGGGUACAGGGUUACUGAUUGUCGGUAAUUCAUGUCUUGCAGACAUAUACGAGCCGACAGCCCGGGCCACUGCUCUUGGAUGGUUCGCCCUAGGGACCAUUGUCGGGCCUGCCUUUGGUCCCUUCAUCGGAGGCGUCAUCGUCACUUUCCAUUCCUGGAGAGUCAUCUUUUGGGUCCAAGCCUCACUGGGUGGGCUGGCGACUGUUUUGCUGUUAUUCUUCCUACCGGAGACAAUACCACGGACGAAACUUAGGACGCUGCAAGCGAUACCGAAUCCAACGAGUCGAGUUGUGAAGGUGGUAUCAUGGAUGUCUCCUUGGCGUGUUGUGGUUCUCUUAUUCUCCUACCCUAAUCUUUUGAUCACGGGGCUCGCCUCUAGUGCACUGAUUUGGAAUAUGUAUUCGAUCUUGACCGCCAUCCGAUAUGUGCUCAAUCCUCGCUUUGAUCUGACCUCCCCUAUGCAGUCAGGGUUAUUCUAUAUUGCCCCUGGAUGUGGCUACCUUGCUGGAAGUCCGCUCGGUGGACGCUUGGCGGAUAACAUAGUCAAGAAAUGGAUUGGCAGAAGAGGCGGGGCGCGGAUCGCAGAAGAUCGACUUCGAAGCUGUUAUAUUUGGCUAGGAGUCGUCCUUCCAGUCUCGAUCAUACUAUAUGGCUGGAGCGUGCAGGCGGAGUUUGGCGGCAUCGGUCUCCCUGUGAUCACACUGUUUGUUCAGGGAGCCGUACAGUGGCUCUGCUUCCCCUGUCUCAAUACCUAUGCUCUGGACGUCAUGCAAAGUCAUGGUCUGUCAGCCGAGGUCGUUGCUGGCAACUACAUGAUCCGUUACUUCUUCGCAGCACUAGGCAGUGCCAUUUGUCUUCCGGCGAUCAAUGGGAUUGGUGUUGGCUGGUUCAGUACCAUUAGCUCGUCAUUUCUGGUCUUUGGGGCUGUUGGAGUGUGGGCGACCAUCAUGUGGGGUCCAUCCUGGAGGAAUCGAGUUGAUGCACAUAAAGAUAGACGCCGUGCCGAAAGAUCGAGAAAGAGAGAAGAAGCCCGGGAUACGGAGGUGGGACCUUCAAGCAUGGAUUAA